GCAAACCACACCCAAAUAAAAUGGUCUUACAGAUGCGUUCCCGAGGAUAAAACCAUUUCCUUGGUUUCCGUUUCUCUUGGAAGAGGAAGGGGGAAUGAUCGGUCUCUCGACUUCUUUCAAAUCCCAUCCAUUAUUGUUAUUCAAUAUAACCUCUUCUCCUUCCAAGUCCAAUGUUACUGUCAUUAAUAACGAUUUCCUUGCCCCUAAAUCCAAUAAUCCCGGUCUCCUCAUCUCAUUUCCCAGGUUAGGAAUUGGAAGAAGAAAAAGCAGCAGCUGUCGAGAAUUCCUCCCCCUCCUCACUCCAGGAAGCAGAGGCAGAAUAAUGACCGAUUCGAUCAACCAAACCUCUGCUUCUUCCACAUGCUUAUGCACAAAUACCAAUUCUAGUUCUGAAAUAGGAACACUACCACCUGAUGUAACAGAGAUUGUUGUAGUGCGCCAUGGAGAGACGACAUGGAAUGCAUCUGGAAGAAUUCAGGGUCAUUUGGAUGUAGAGCUUAAUGAGGUUGGACUACAACAAGCAAUUGCAGUUGCUGAACGCCUAUCAAAGGAAUCUGAAAUUGCAGCUGUAUACUCAUCUGACUUGAAGCGAGCGUUCGACACUGCAAAGAUAAUUGCAGAAAAAUGCAAAUUAGCAGAGGUAAUUUUGGACCCAAUGUUUAGGGAACGGCAUCUUGGAGAUCUUCAAGGCGUGGUAUGGCGUGAAGCUGCAAAAAUUAACCCCAAGGCUUAUCAGGCAUUGGUGUCUUCUAAAACUGACCAAGAAAUACCUGGCGGUGGCGAAAGUCUUGAUCAACUGUUCAAACGAUGUACAUCUUGUUUAGAAAGACUUUCCAACGAGCAUAAAGUGCCUGCUGCAGGAAAGCGGGUGGUGGUUGUCACUCAUGGUGGUGUCAUCCGAGCUCUGCACAAGCGCGCAGGCCCAUCUCGAGUACCUCAACCGGGGAAGAUCAUGAAUGCAUCCAUAAACAUAUUUCAUCUGUCCUGUGACUAUGAGUGGAUCAUCAAAUCUUGGGGUGAUGUGAGUCACCUCCGGGGAACUGGUUUCCUAACCAGUGCCUUUGGUGGUGAUAAAAAUUCCGGUUAACAAAUUCUUCAAUGGGAACUAUUAUGCAGCCUGUGGUCUCUUCCUGAGUUUGUAGGAGCCCAUAUUCUAGUAUUUGAAUCUUUUGGGCUCGCAUUCAUUAUUGAUGUGCAAUUUCUAUAUAGAGUAUUUUCAUGCUCGGCUCAGCUGUGAAUUUUCUUACCAUAGUUCUAUUCUCCAACUCUCACCUUGCUGCGUCUUAUGACCUUAUAUGGUGGUCAUCAUGUGACUUGCUCAUUAUGUAUUGUAUGUUACUGUUCCACCACAUAAAAAUAUGGCGAUUUCUUGUUGAGCUCCCAA